CGAAGACGGGAGGCUGUUCACGACCUGUGUGUGCUGCUGCGUUUUGUCCUGCAUUAAUCUCUCCUUUCGUCUGAUUUUAGUCACAAUGGAUCGAUAAUCCCGCCAGGGCAGACCAUCUAUAGCUUCUAUAAAACACGUACCGGCGCAUUACUGGAUAAAAGAAGAGGCAAAGGGUUGGACAUCCAGGGGAUCCGGCGUGCCCUUCCUCUGCGCCCCGUGUGCAUAAGCAAAGGCGAUCUCGUUGCACCGCGCACCACGACACACAAGAGGACAUGUGUGCGCACCAGCGAUGCAGUUGAACUUCACCUCCUCCGACAGACCCCAGAGUCAUUGGGACGUCGCCACAGUAGCCUACUGUAUAACGCAGUUUGUUCAGUUUACCUGGACGAUUCAGAUAUAAACACCAACAAGUGGAAACUGAUUUGAAGCCAGCGACCCGCCGCUGCUCCACAGCGCGUCCUCAGCGGGGCUGGAGCGGGCAGAGCCGGGGACGCUGAGGAAUGCGGAGCCGGGAUUUUGCCUUUUCCAGCUCACCUGCGGAACUCUUGGCAGCUCACACCAAACCCGCCGACGCAGCCGGUGAGACCGCAGGGCGCCAUGCUGAGGCAGAUCCUCCUCAACUCCACCGACACCCCAGACUUCGACCUGGUGCUCAUGGCCCAGUCCUCCACGCACGCCCCCUCCUCCCUGAACACCUCCCACGGCGGCUCGGUGAGCGUGGCCGCUCUUCUGAGACCCACCACGGGGCGAGGGGGAGGAGGGCUCCGGGAGGGCGAGCUCCACAAACCGGACCUGAUCACCUACAUAGUCAUGUGCCUACUGCUCUUCCUGUUGGUGCUGCUCAUUGUGUUCUUCAUCAACUGCCAGCUCCGGAACUCUUUCUUCGCCUCCAUGCCAUAUGACAGGUCGCUGAGAGAGGCCCGGACCUCCUACAAGUAAGGCAGACCGCCAGGACAAACCUCUGGGACUCUGAGUCUGUAGUGAGACUUCUUUGGAGGGGGGGUGAUUUAAGGACUAACUGGUCAGCCCUGAACUGCUUCUGCACGUACUGGACACAUGAAGUAGUUGCCCUUAUUAGUUGUCGUGGAGCCAUUGGAUGGUCUGAAAAAAAAACCUGGAAUCCCAAUCAAGACCUACAAUAAUUAGUCAGCGGCUCAAUUGUGCCAAAUGUUGCCCACAUGUUUCACUUCAAGGCCCACAGCCCCAUCCCCAAAAGAUAGCCUUUCAGAACACGGGGGGCAUCUCACAAGUUGAGUGUAUGGGCCUGCUGCAGGUGGAAGGAUAACAAUUUAACUCCUGAUUAAAUUAGUGACUCUUAUAUUUUCUGGUAGUUAAUGAACGGACUGUGAAACAAUCCAUCAUCCCCAAUUAGCACUUGUUUAUAAACAAAUAGUUUAUACCCAUACAGUAGACUCCCAGGCUUGUACUCAUUCAUCUAGUUGCUUAUAAAUUUGACCUGCUGCCUGCAGUUUGGGUCCAAGUUCACGGUAUUUCACACUGGCUUGUAUAUAAAAUAUUUUGUAUGACUGUAAAUUAACUGUCUUGUCUUGUGAAAUGAUGCAAUCAACACACAAUUUCCACCCUUUUGUCAAUUGUAAAAUGGUGAUUAAAUGACAGACUGCAGGCCUAUAUCGUCACAUAAAGGUAUCUAAUGUACUUUGAAGUGGCAGUCUUUUUGUCUAUGCACAUGUAUAUGAGUGGCGAUGCUGAAGAGGAUGCUGCAGCUGCUGAUGUGGAGGGCCAACUGUUAAUCAUUUAGGAAGUCCGUAGAGGCGUUUAUAUGAGUGCCAUCAGGCUGCCAGCCUUAUCACUUUGCACUUUCACUUUUAAUUAACCUCUCCCCCACAAUUUAUCGCUCCAAUAUCCCAGAGAAUGAAGACUUGAGGCUGGAGUAUAUGACGACUCCUUUGUGAUAAACCAAACCGUUGUCAGUUUCAGUGCCACCGGUCAUGCACAAAUCCUCUGCAUUCUUGUUGUUGGAAAACAUCUCUCACAUACCAAGACAGAUAGAUGAGCCUAUCUCUUUAAUCCCAUGCCUGUGUGUGUGUGCGCGCGCAAUAUGUGCACAAGGGUUUGUGUAUGUCUCAGAGGUAAGACAAACACUGCUUUUCAAGUAUUGGACAUUAUAUCUCGAAAUGAUCAAGCCAGAGGAACUGGACUCAGAGAAUCCCUAUGAACAUUCAUUGAGUGAUUGCUUCACCUGAAAUGUGAAAUUCCGCUGAGCUAAACGAAGCGAAUAUUGUCGUCUAUGGUGCACAAUCGAAAUAUUUUCUGGAUUUGAGAAGCACUGAAAUAAGACAUUGUAGCGGGGAGAAAGAAGGACACAUUGGCCCGGAGUGUUGGACUUGUAAUGACUGACUAACAGAAUGUUAUUAUUUGGAAGUUAUUCUGUUAAGAGGUGGGUUGAUUAUUCAGCACAUUCAGAAGGAUGGGCUAUUGAUUGAUUCAGUAAUUUGCUGCACUUGCUUUGUAUAUUUUAAUAUUCUU